AUGCAAUUGCCCCGUGAUUUUCAUUCUGUUCUUUUAGAGUAUACUCGUGAGGGUUAUCGAGUGCUUGCGCUUGCCUGGAGGCCUCUACACUCGCCUUUCACCCGAGUGCUUCGUUUGCCUCGAGAUCGAGUUGAACGGCAAUUGCGCUUUCUGGGCCUUUUGGUCAUGGAGAAUCGACUUAAGCCGGAGAGUGCUCGAGUCAUAAAUAUCCUUCGCAGAGCUAACAUACGCCCCGUGAUGGUGACAGGUAUGCUUAAAUGA